AUGCCAGCCCAUUUCAUUAGGAAUACACCCACUAAAGAUGUUGCAAAAGACACUUCUGGCAAUGUCGAGAGAGAGGAGGAUGAUAAAGUAGAGAAAGAAGACAUUGAGGGAGAAGAGGAAGAAGAAGAGGAAGAAGAAGAAGAAGAAAAGGAAGAAGAAAAAGAAGAAAGGAAGAAGAAGAAGAAGAAAAGGAAGAAGAAAAAGAAGAAAGGAAGAAGAAGGGGAAGAAGAAGAGGUAGAAGAGGAGGAAGAAGAAAAAGAAGAAAGGAAGAAGAAGGGGAAGAAGAGGAGGAAGAAGAGGAGGUAGAGGAAGAGACAGAAGAAGAGGAAGAAGAAGAGGAAGAAGAAGAGGAAGAAGAAGAGGAAGAAGAAGAGGAGGUAGAAGAGGAGGUAGAGGAAGAGGAAGAAGAAGAGGAAGAAGAAGAGGAAGAAGAAGAGGAAGAAGAAGAGGAAGAAGAAGAGGAAGAAGAAGAGGAAGAAGAAGAGGAGGUAGAAGAGGAGGUAGAGGAAGAGACAGAAGAAGAGGAAGAAGAAGAGGAAGAAGAAGAAGAAGAAAAGGAAGAAGAAAAAGAAGAAAGGAAGAAGAAGGGGAAGAAGAGGAGGUAG